UUCAUUUUUUUCCCCAAGGUGCAAAUUCUAAUACUGGUUUUAGCAACCUUUGUUCCUUGUACUGCUCAAAUAGACAUCAUCCAUUACUUCUACUUCAGUUGUUAAUUCCCUAGUUAUGCCUGAAGGGAAUGUUUAAAAAGAAAAUUUCUGUGUAACUGGCUAGUCUGCAGAAAUCGUAUCUCUUUCAGGAUGGUUUGGGUUUGGGUUUUGGUUUUGGUUUAGUUUUUCUUGCAGACUGAAGAAUAUAGGAAUGAGAUCUAGGCAUCUCAGCUUUGCUUGUACUGACUCUGACAGCCAACAGCUCUGUGUUCCAGCAGUGACUUCAGAAUUGUUAAUAAAUGAGCCAGUAGUCCUGCAUGUUGCCAUCUUAAUGAGACCAUAUAUUAAUCAAUGAUCUUUAACUGUUCAUGAAGUACUCAUUAACCUGUUUUUCUCUUGUGGCUAAUAUCCAUUUUUAAAAUGUCCUAAAGUGAAUACUAAUACAUACAUUGACACUUAACCUGCAAGUGCACCUUCUUGUUUGAUAGACUAGUAUUUAAAACAGCUGAAAUUUGGACAUUUCCCACAUACCUUGUUUUUGGGAAACACAGUCAUCUUCCUGGAACUUAGAUUUCAGUCCAGCCAAAAUGUUUGUAAGAUUCCUUAGUCUGAUCUCCCUUUUCUGGCAUUAUCAAGGACAGGUCUUGACUUCUGUGUAAUAUGAAAUGCUGUGAAACCACAGUGAAAUCUUUACUGCCUCAGGAAGCAAAUGUGAAUCAUGUUGAGGUAUCAGCUGAAUGGAUCAAGCUUAGAUGGUUUGAUCUGGUCUAGAAGGAUGUGCCUUCUAAAACAUUUUGAAGUAAUUUGAAGGUAAGUUUGUAUAUGAGCAGGUAAGGGUUGUUAUUAUGAUUGCUACCAUAGUUAUUUUUUAACUGACUUUGAGAGCAGAGAAUGUGCAUAGGGAGUUACGCUAUGAUUGUUAAUUUUGACAACGUCCCAGGAAAAGUGUUGUCCCAGAAUUCUUGCCCUGCUCUGGCUGCCUACAGACUCUCCCUGAAGACAUCUAGAUAUGCUCUCCUUAGAAGGGUCUCCUCUUGGACGUAUCCUGACUCAUUAGGCACCUUCUUUGGAGUCAGCUCUUCUCCAAAUAAAGGUGGGUAGGUACAUGUCAUUCUGUUUCAACAGAAGCUUUUGUUUGUUAAUUAUUUUUUAAUUAUUAUUUUUAGGAACUUGUUGAUGUAGUGCCUUGGAGUGUCUGUGGUAAGUCAUGGUGAUGCAGAGUGGUUGGUGCAGGGCUGUGGCAGGGCAGCUCACGACUGACAGCUGCUGGUGAAUAAGAGAGCUGCCUGGAGACCUCCCCUGACUGCAGGCCAGCUUUGACAGAGAAAGUGGGAACUGGCAGGUGACAAGCAGAACUAACUGAGUAAUCCAGCUGUCUUUCAGUAACAUGCCUGUUUCUGACACUCAUUUGACACAGGUCAGUUUUGAAGUCUGGGUGAAUUAGGUGCAAUUCUGCAAAUCCAAACUUCAUUGAUUGCAGCUUCAUGGAUUGAGUACCCUAAAAAAUCACAGUCAGAAGAUUAAUAGAUCUGUGAUGCUAAAGAAAAGCAAGGAAAAUAAAUAGACUGUUUUCAGGCAUGCUUUCCUUGGGAGGUUGAGAUAAAGUGAAACAGUUUUAAGGGUGAUUAAGAGGCUGAAAAUUACUUCAGGGUACAGAACUUAAGGAUAUCAUCAACAGUUGGAACUGAGCAGCAAGAAGUAGUGUUAAAAUGGAAGGAAUAAUUGUAAUCCUAGUAACAGCUUAGAGGAGUAACUGUAAUCUCCAAUUACACAUAGAACAAUUUCCCAACACUUGUCAUGGCCUAUGAGUUGUCAAAAAUCUGGAAAUCCAGAUGGAUUCUUUCUUUCUCUUAAGGUUAGGAAACAGGCAUCUUAGGGUAGCAACUAUGAACAGUGAAUCCCAACAGAAAACCCAUAUGUGGAAGCUACUACUCCCUUGUCAGCAUAUCUGCUUCCCUUGACGGCAUCAGUAAAUACAUGCAGAGGCUGUAGAGGCUCUAUGGCUUUGCUUUGAUAGUCGUCUGACACACUAGCAGUGUUUGCAUUUGGAAGUGAGUGCCUCCAGGAAUUGGAGAUACUAAACACCAGAGCUCCUGACACAUUGUUCUUCUCCUGAGUGUCUGGCUCAUCAAGGAAAGCCCAGGGGGUUUAUUUUUAGGUCUAAGCUGUAUAGUGAUACCUGUUGGAAGUAGCACAAUGAAAGUCCAGGCUACCUGGUAGAAUUUCUUCCCUUGUUUCCAUGACUUUUGCCAAUCAAACAAAUUCAAAGUAGAAUUUCUUCCCUUGUCUCCAAACUUUUGCCAAUCAAAGUGUAAGCUUCUCUCACACCCUGAAAUCAUGGCCCCUAACUUGUUGCUAGGACUCCAGAGUCCCUUUUUGUCUGCAUUUUAGGUAGCUGGGAGAGGCGUUUGGCUUUUUACUGUACUGGCAUCAAGAGACACAAGACCAGUGCUUUCAGUUUAUACCUUCACCUAAGUACUUGAGGUUUUGCUUCAGUGAGAAAUGUGAUUCUUUGCUUUGUUUAUCAGCUUCUGAUUAGGAUUGCAUAGGGCAGUUCUCCUGGGCAGUCUCAUCAGUCCCUGAUCUGCUGUUCAGAUGAACCCCUGCCCUUCUCAACCACUCUGCCAAACCCCACAUCUCAGAUUUGUUAGGUACUGGAAGAAAAAAUUCUUUCUGAUCCUUCUUUAAUAUGAGCAGUGAGAUGAUUAAAAUUUCUUGCAUAUGUCUAUUAGAGGCUUAUCUUUGUCCUUAAAGAUAAAUCCCAAGCCCUUCCCUAACCCAAAUGAAAGCAGUUCAAAGGAGAUAAAAAUCAUGAACAGCAUCAGAAAUAGCAUAUUGAUAAUCUGAGGUGUGUAUAGAAAAGUCCCACAGCAAGAAUUCCUAAGUGUUGUCUGUUUGAAUACAUAUUUAAAUAUAUUUAAAGUGUGUGUCCCAAGAAGCCACUAGAUGAAAGGCACUUUGCUGGGUGCCUAUGUGCAUGAACACCUUUAAAAAAACUCACACUAGUCUGUGAUCCGAGCUACUGAUGAGACUGACAUUUGUGAGAGAGGCAGGGAUUCAUCUCAUUCCACCUGAACUUCCUGAUCUCGCCUGACCCGAGAUGAGGACAUCACACCUCUCUGCCUGCAUGAUCUCCUCCAGUCCAUUAGUAAACUAGUUUGAAAUGUAAUGGGAAGGAGGUACAGAGCCAAGGAAAUCUUUAACUUGAUGAUGCUCAUCAGUAGGAGUAAUCUAUUCACACAGAAGCAUCCCAAGUGGUAUUGAUGUGCUAUUUUUUCAAGGCUGUCCUUAAAAGCAAACUGUUUAAUACUGUAAGCUAUUUAUACACAUAAUUUAUAAAAAAACUCACUGCCAGGGACAGGCAUUUGACUUUUUAAUAAUUUGUAAAAAUUUUCAUGAUGUGGGGCAACUCAUAUUCUCUGUAUGUGUCUUUCAGUUUAACAUCUUAUGUAUUUAAAAUUACCUUGGAUUAUUCCUUCCAGCAGGUUAUACCCAUGAGACAUACUGUCAGGGCUAGCUGGCAUGUUGCAGUUCUGCAGGCAAGGCAAGAACUGCACGGAUACUGCAAAAAAAGACACUGACUCCCUCAAAACUGUACUACAGGCAACUUUAGCACCCCCUGAUGUUUUCCAACAACUUCCAUCUCUAGCACCACUAAAACACACCCCAAAGAAUGGAUGCACAUAUGUGAAAUGUGUAAACCUCUUGCCAUCACCUUUUUUAGCAGACAGAAAAGUGGUGUCCCACUUUGUGGCUUUGGUAAUACAGGUGUCUGGUCAGCAGAUCCACCAGAGUACUGCUGCUGGGCUCAGCAGCACUGCACAACACACUCUGCAGCUUGGGCUCCUGGCCAAAGGCCCCAGGGUUGGGGUUCUCACCCACACCCACAGCUGGAGGCCUUGGCUCAGUCAGUGCCCAAUGGGAUGCUGGAGCAGCACACACAGCACGGGCAGGGAUCAAAUUCCUGGCACUGGAGGAAUAAGAUUGACAGCAACUGAGAGAGCUUUACUUGUAAAAUGGUCCUGAAAGGUGCCCUGGAAAAAAAAAACGUUUAAAUAGAGGAAAGAAGCUGAGUCCCUGGAGUUGCUCAGCUACUUUUUAUUGCUGCAGAUGCUGCUGGCAGCCUCAUUCACUGGGAGACGUAUCCAAAGUGGUUGAGCUCAAAGUGUAUCUUGGCAGGGGCCCAAACACACAGGGUUCAUGUUCAGACCUGGCACCUCAGUGUGCCUUCAGACAAUCCAAAGGCCCCCUAGAUCCUUCUGCCUCCACAAUGGUCACAGACACCUUUUUCCUCUGGCCUUUGUAUUUAGUCCCUGCUGCUUGAAAGUAUUUUAAAAUGGCAAUCCCUCAGAAAAGUUCACCUGCAGCAGUAGGGUUUGAGCAUGAAGGUAAGUGAAAAGAGACUGGCUGUUUCACACUGGCACACGCAUGCAGAGUAUGUAGAGGGAAGGCAGUAUUCUGGGAGGGUCAAACUUGAGUGUGGCAAGCGUGCACCAGGCUGGGGACCUGUGUGGCUGAUAGGAGAGUUUCAAAGCUGCUUUUGGAAGUGGGGAGCGUGCUGAGUUGAUUGAGGUGAGCGCCAGGGCACAGUGAUGGAUGUCUGAGGAUUCUGUUUAUUCUUACCCUAAAAGCACUGAUAGUCUCUAAACCCAGUCCUAAUGGUGUGGGAACCCAUCUUCUGUGCAAUGAAAUUCAAGCUGGUGCCCUCAUGCACAUGAAUGCCACUCAGUAGGAAGGGAGCCCUGUGGGGAAGGAGUGUCCCAUUUUGAAAACCAAACGGCAGCCCCAGUGUUAUUUCCUCACAGCUUCGAGUUGGCAUGUAAGUCAAUAAAAAUCCGUCAGCUCACAUCCUUCCCAGAAAUGCCAGUCAAAACCCAAGCAGCUAUUCACCCAAAGUACCAAUUUUAUAGUUCUGUGUGUGUGUGUCUAUAAUCUAUUUACCAGCAUUCCUAUUUCAGUAUGUGCCUGUUAAUAAGAUUAGUAAUUAAAAGGCUUGAUAGGGAAUUGGCAAGCGUAGCUCCUCCGCCUUUCCCUCCCCUCCAAGCCGGACUGGCGUGGAGUGUGAGGCACGGUUGGCAGAAUACCUGAGGGAGUGAAGGCAGGAGGCUCUGCUGAAACCUCUGCCUGCAAGAUGGCAAUGGAGAAAUCCCGACCCUUAUGGGACAAUCCCCUACAGUUUGUUUUUGCCUGCAUUUCCUAUGCUGUGGGGCUAGGAAAUGUGUGGAGGUUUCCAUACUUAUGUCAGAUGUACGGAGGAGGUGGCUUUUUGAUCCCAUACCUUAUCAUGCUGAUUGCUGAGGGGAUGCCGCUGCUGUACUUGGAGUUGGCUGUGGGGCAGCGAAUGCGGCAGGGCAGCAUCGGUGCCUGGAAAAUAAUAAGCCCCUACCUCUGUGGUGUUGGAGUUGCCAGUGUUGUCGUCUCCUUCUUCCUCUCCAUGUACUACAAUGUGAUAAAUGCCUGGGCCUUCUGGUACCUCUUCCACUCCUUCCAGGACCCCCUGCCAUGGGCCACCUGCCCCCUCAACAGCAACCGCACGGGCUACGUGGAGGAGUGCGAGAAGACAUCGUCCACGCAGUACUUCUGGUACCGGCAGACCCUGAACAUCUCUCCGUCGCUGGAGGCCAGCGGGAGCGUGCAGUGGGAGCAGGCGCUGUGCCUGACGCUGGCCUGGCUCGUGGUUUACCUCUGCAUCCUCCGCGGCACCGCCUCCACCGGCAAGGUUGUCUAUGUGACAGCCUCUUUGCCAUACUGUGUUCUCAUCAUAUAUCUCAUCAGAGGAUUAACACUUCAUGGAGCUGUGAAUGGGCUUGUCUACAUGUUCACACCAAAGCUGGAGCAGCUGUCAAACCCCAAGACCUGGAUCAGCGCUGCCACGCAGAUCUUCUUCUCGCUGGGCCUUGGUUUCGGCAGCCUCAUCGCCUUUGCCAGCUACAACGAGCCCAGCAACAACUGCCAGAGACACGCCAUCAUCGUGUCCCUCAUCAACAGCACCACCUCCAUAUUUGCCAGCAUUGUCACUUUCUCCAUCUACGGCUUCAAGGCGACCUUUAACUACGAGAGCUGUAUCAACAAGGUGAUCCUGCUGCUGCUGAAUGCUUUUGACCUGGAGGAAGGCUCUUUAACAGCAGACAACCUCAAUGAGAUGAAAGAUUACCUCAUGACCACCUACCCACAGGAGUAUGCCCAAUUAGCACCACAGAUUAAAAACUGCAGCUUGGAAGCUGAGCUAGACACGGCUGUCCAGGGCACGGGACUGGCAUUUAUAGUCUAUUCGGAAGCGAUCAAAAACAUGGAGGUGCCCCAGCUGUACUCUGUGCUCUACUUCUUCAUGCUGCUGAUGCUGGGCAUUGGCAGCAUGCUGGGGAACACGGCUGCCAUCCUCACACCACUGACCGACAGCAAGGUCAUUGCCUCCCGCUUUCCCAAGGAGGUGAUCUCAGGUGUUGUGUGUUUCAUGAAUUGUAUAAUUGGCCUGAUCUUCACCAUGGAGGCUGGAAAUUACUGGUUUGACAUCUUCAAUGACUACGCAGCCACCCUCUCCCUGCUGCUCAUCGUGCUGGUGGAAACCAUCGCUGUGUGUUACAUCUACGGGAUAAGGAGAUUUGAGAAAGAUCUUUACACCAUGAUUGGACGCAAGCCAAACUGGUAUUGGAAAAUUAUGUGGGCUUUUGUUAGUCCACUGCUCAUUAUAAGCCUAUUUAUUUUUUACCUCACCGACUAUAUCCUCACAGGAACGUUGCAAUACCAAGCAUGGGAUGCCACACAGGGGCAGCUGGUGACCAAGGAUUACCCAGGCUAUGCCCUGGCUGUGAUCGGGCUGCUGGUGGCAGCAUCCACCAUGUGCAUACCCCUGGGAGCACUAGUGACUUUUAUAAGGAAGAGACUGAAGAGGGAACGAGUUUCAACUGUUGCAUGAAAGCUGACAGCUGGACUUGGGAAGACCUUACCCUUGUCACCAGUGACUGGGCACUUCUGGAAGACAGCAGCAACCAUUA